AUGGACUCUUAUAUAUCGUAUUUGGUGCGAGAUUUCGAUUACUGGAGUAAGCAGGGUAUUGUAGGGCCCCGGCCUAUACCUAUUUUUGGCAACUUUUUGGAGACAUUUCUCGUCCCACUACACGAGACGGAACUUAAAUGGCAUCAGCGCUACGGAAAAGCAACGCAGAAUUACCCAGGCAUUAACCACUAG